GACAAGGGGGACGGCGGCCAUUUUGUGCUGGAGCUUUGUCGUAGUUUGCUGGUCAGUAUCUCUGCGUUUUAGUGAAAUACUUACCAGUCUUCUACAGGCAAAAGUUUACUUUAAAUAUCAAAUCGGACCUUAGAGUCUCCGGCACCCAGAAAUAGCGAUUUGGUAGCCUGUUGUGUCACUGAACAUACAUUUCCAUAGGUGUAUUAUCGCCUAAACAGCGACGAGAUGAGGGGAAGUUUCAUGGAUCGCGACCGAGGCGGAUUUCAUGGGUCCACAUUUAAUAAUGCUGGUGGAUCUCGAUUUCCAAAGUUUGGGAAUCCAGGAGAAAAACUCCGCAAGAAACGAUGGGAUCUAAAUGAGCUUCCAAAAUUUGAGAAGAAUUUUUAUACAGAGCACCCGGAGGUAGCACGCAUGGCGCCGCAUGAUGUAGAGGAAUUGAGGAGGAAGAAGGAAAUAACUUCAAGAGGAAGUAAUUGCCCCAAACCUAUCUAUGCUUUCCAUCAAGCUAACUUCCCACAGUAUGUUAUGGAUGUUCUUUUGGAUCAGCGUUUUAAGGAACCUACACCCAUCCAGUGCCAGGGAUUCCCACUUGCUCUAAGUGGUCGGGAUAUGGUGGGCAUUGCCCAGACUGGAUCUGGCAAGACGCUGGCAUAUCUCUUGCCUGCCAUGGUGCACAUCAAUCAUCAGCCAUACUUGGAGCGUGGAGAUGGGCCAAUUUGUCUCGUUUUGGCUCCAACUAGAGAGUUGGCACAGCAAGUACAACAAGUGGCAGAUGACUAUGGAAAGACCUCCAGAUUAAAAAGUACCUGUAUCUAUGGUGGUGCUCCCAAGGGACCUCAAAUUCGAGAUUUGGAGAGAGGUGUUGAAAUCUGCAUUGCAACUCCUGGAAGACUCAUUGACUUCCUUGAAGCUGGGAAGACCAACCUUAGGCGGUGUACUUAUCUUGUACUGGAUGAAGCUGAUAGAAUGCUUGACAUGGGCUUUGAACCACAAAUUCGCAAAAUUGUGGACCAAAUCAGGCCUGACAGACAAACACUUAUGUGGAGUGCAACAUGGCCAAAAGAAGUACGUCAGUUAGCGGAAGACUUCCUUCGAGACUAUGUACAGAUUAAUGUAGGAAAUUUAGAGCUUUCUGCAAAUCACAACAUCCUUCAAAUUGUAGAUGUGUGCCAGGAAAGUGAGAAAGAUCACAAGCUAAUCCAACUGAUGGAAGAAAUAAUGGCUGAAAAGGAGAAUAAAACAAUUAUAUUUGUAGAAACAAAACGUCGUUGUGAUGAUUUGACUCGAAGAAUGAGACGAGACGGGUGGCCUGCGAUGUGCAUCCAUGGUGACAAAAGUCAGCAGGAACGUGAUUGGGUUUUGAAUGAAUUUCGGUCUGGAAAGGCACCAAUCCUCAUUGCCACAGAUGUUGCUUCUCGAGGUCUAGAAGCUGCAGAUCUCUCUCAGUACAGGGCCAGUGGCCUGUCGAAAAUAGAGGGGAAUGAACGCUGGAAGCAGCCCCCGUAAAGGGUGCUGGCUUCUUAUACUCUUCCCUCGCAAAGGUCUUGUACUGAAGAGGCAGUUUUUGGAUCUGCAACUCCCAGCUCCUUAUGUUCCUCACUCUACAAAAUGUGGGGUGUGAAAUAUGGUCAUUCAACCCUGAAUACUGAGCUGGGGCUACACCCCGUUCCCCUUUGGAUGCUGGUGUGGGUUUGAAGUUGCCUGACCCUAUUGAAUAGACGGACCACCUUUCUAGAAGGGAGAUCACACCGGUGCUUCCCACUAGACCAUCUGCUGAGCAGCUGUGGGAAAGUCCCAAGCCAUGGAAGACUUUGGGAAGUUUCUUGGCUGUCGAAGCAGAGUAUUAGUCUCUUCUGCUAAUCAUCAGACUCUUGUGGCUUCCUCUUUCAUUUCCAAAUCUAUACCUAAUUCCUUCUUCCCUGCCUACAAAUGCAGGGUUUUUGGAGGUGGUGCUAUUGAAUGUUCUGUUAUGGAGACUGUAAGAACAUGAGCAUUUUUGAAACCUGCUAUGUCCUGCUGGCACUUAACCCCUGGACAAAGCUACUACUAAUUUAGCACCUUGUUAGGGAAGCCACGUGACCCUUAAAAACACCAUCAAUAUAUUCUGUUCUUUAUACUUGUGGUUGCCACUCCCCCCUCCCCUUCUCUUUUCUUCACCACUUAAUACAUUUUCCAAAUACAAGAUAACCUUCGACCAAGUGACCUACUUGUAAUAAGAAACAGACACCCUCUUGUAUACAGCCCCCAUAUUUCUAUUGAUUUGCCCAUCUCAUGCGAUGAGUUAUUACCCUCUCAGCUUUUCUAAACAUUGAUAUCUGACGGUGAGUGUUGGAGUAUGGGUUCUCUCUUCAACUAUUAACAGGUUGCUCUCUGCCACUUGCCAGCAUACUAGGGGCAAUGAGCUGCUCCACAGACGCAUCUAGCCAAGUCAGAGCAUGUGUUGGGACCUCUUGCUGCGCCUGGACCACUGAUGCAUGCUCCCCGCUCGGGUGGUCCCGUGUCCAAGGAUGAAGGCGGUGACACCGCUAAGUACCAAAAGACGGGAUUGGCGACUCCAGGUUCCCCACCUCGCGGUGGGAGUGUGCAUCGGUCCGGACACCAGCUCUCCUGAGGACCAAUCCCACUAAGUUGCUUGAUCGUAACUUUUCAUGAAGUUUGUAAUUGUUAUUUAUUAUGCAAAUUAUACAGUUCUUUACUACACCUAGGGCAGUAAGAAUUUGCCAAAGGUAGUGAUUGGCCCAACUGUGUUAAAAUAUUCUUAGAUGAUGAAGAUUCCUCAGUGUGUUUAUAUAUUUAUUUAUGUACUUUUAGAGGAAAUGUUUUCUUGUGGUGUAACAUUAAAGUAUCUUUUGGGAAUAUUCCCAUUUUAAAAAUAAUUUCAUAAAGUAGUAUUGACUAUAUGAAAACCUUUCCUUUUAAAAGUAUUUGGUCAUCUCCAGGAGAAGCAGUUUUGGAAAGCUAUCAAGAUUUUUUUAUCUCCCAAGUCCUGAGUGCAACCAGUUAGCUGAGUGACUGUAAAGCUCCCAUAAGUUAUAGUUUAUUAAUGAUGCAAUAUUGCAUAACCUCUAUAAGGCCUUUAGUAAAACUAAAAUAUUGCUGUGUUAACCUAGGAAAUUGGAAUUUCCAAUUUACUGUAGCUCAAUAACCAAACUAUAA